CUUGUUGGGACUUUUUUCCUCCCUUUCCCUUAAACGUCAAGUGUAAUUCAUACCAAGGGCUUUCGUCUGUGAGCUCUCCUUUUCUCGAAGGUGGAGCAGAUAUGAGAAGAAACGGACUAUCAGCCCAUCCAGCAGAAAACCCUCUGAGAUUAAGUAACUUUUAGACAGUUCUUGCUUAAAUAACAAGCAGCUGUUUGCGGAUUGAACAUCUCCAUCAAUCGAAUGAUAGCAGGGGUCUCUCUGCAAUGGGCCCGGUACCCUUAACGCUCCUGCUCAGCAUCUCAGCACUGACUGUGCUAGUGUCUGCAGCAGUGGACGAUCCCACAGGUGAUGAUGACUACACAUGGCCACAGAGGAAAGUACCACUGGUACAAGAAAAGCAAACAGUGCAUCUGGGCAGUUCUGAGUUUUUGGCAAAGCCGCAGACUGAGCUCCAUGGAAUAUGUGGCAUUGAGUGCCAGAGGGGUCUCCCAGAGCCCAGCCUGGACGAUCUGGAGCAGCUACUGUCCUAUGAGACCAUGUACGACAACGGAACCCGCACGCUCACCACCAUCACCAUACAGGAGCUAAACAUCAGUGAUGAUUGGAUGAGAGCUUCUGGGUCACGUUCUCGGCGCAAACGAGAAGUCUAUGGCACGGACACACGGUUUACCAUCACCGACAAGCAGUACUCCUUGAAGUAUCCCUUCUCCACAUCUGUGAAGAUCUCCACGGGUUGCUCUGGAGUGCUGGUGUCCCCCAAACACGUCCUGACUGCCGCUCAUUGCAUCCACAAUGGUACGGACUACCUGGAUGGGGUACAGAAACUCAGCGUUGGAGUGCUGAAAGAACGUUCCCGCCAAAAAGGGAAGGGACGGAAAGGGAAAGGACGGAAGGGUAAAGGCAAGAGGAAGAAUAAAGAAGAGGAGGAGGACGAGGAGGAGGAGGUAAUCAAUGAAAAUAUAGAGAUUGGAGAGAAGCAGGAGCGUAAGGGAAAAGGCAAAGGCAGGAGAAACCGUAGUCGCCGCAGCACCAACUCCAAGCAACCCUCGUUCCGAUGGACUCGGGUGAAACAGAUGCAGGUGCCGAAGGGCUGGUUUAAAGGGAUCUCGGAGAACGUUGUGGCUGAUUAUGACUAUGCCAUCCUGGAGCUUAAAAAAGCGCAGAAGACCAAAUACAUGGAUCUCGGUGUCAUCCCCUCUGUCAAGAAUCUGCCUGCAGGACGUAUACAUUUCUCGGGAUUCGAUGACGAUCGUCCAGACAAACUGGUGUACCGCUUCUGCUCCAUUUCCGAGGAGUCCAAUGACCUGCUGUACCAGUAUUGCGAUGCCAAGCCUGGCACCAGUGGCUCGGGUGUCUACAUUCGGCUCAAAGAGCCUGGCAAGAAGAAGUGGAAGCGAAAGAUCAUUGGAGUGUUCUCGGGUCACCAGUGGGUGGAUGUUAAUGGGAUGCAACAGGAUUACAACAUAGCCGUGCGAAUCACACCCCCCAAGUAUGCACAGAUCUGCCUCUGGGUCCAUGGGGACUCCAGCCAGUGUCUGGGCACCUGAGAGACUCUGUCUAGCCCGUCUGACUGCCACGGUCCCGGCUCUCAGCUACCCCUGUGCCUCCCAUUUGUGCACAACAUAAACUGCUGCAUUCAUCAACACUAAAGACUAUAACACACCUACCAUUGAACUUUUCCAGGCUAUAUUGAUACCUUAAUUUAUUUUAUUAGACAACUGUUGUUAUGAAUUAGUAAGAGCGAAUGUAUUCCUAGAUUCAGUUGUCCUAACGAGAACUAAUUCUGUUUCUGUCUUAAACUGUCAUUUUAAAUUACAAAAUGCACUUCAGUCAGUGUUGUUUGAUAUGGGAGGCAUUUGUUUUGUCUGGUAAUCUGUCUGGAUACCUUGAAGUAGAAAGUUAGAUGACUAGUUGACAUAAAAAAAAAUGUUUAUUUGUGGAUUUUACUUCCCUUUUUUAAUUUUGAAGAACAUAUUUGAGUAUCAAUGUGCUGGUGUUCUUUGAAACCUUUUGUUCUUGUUAUCAUUAUUAUUAAAUGUUUAGAUUGCGUGACUUAGAUUGCAUAAACUGUAACCGGUCUUCAUGGGCUUCCAUUUAAAAUUGUUCUGCUUUUUGUAUUACAGUGCAAGCAAUUAGUUCUAGGUUUACCCUUCAGUCAGAUGCCCUUGUUGACUUUUGGUGCUAAUUUAAUUUUAAAAUAUAAAACAUCAGAGAACCUGUCAGAGUAACGUCUACUGUAGAACUGUAAGUAUGUAUUUAAUGUAAGACUCGUAUUAUGAGUUUCAUAUGAUUAUGUUGUUCUUUAAACAAAAUACAAAGGGUUAUUUAAAUUAAGAUAUGCUCAAUGAUACAUAUAAUUGUAAUUAUGAUAAAGAGAAAAGCAAUAUAGCUUGAUAGAAAAUAUUAAUUGAACAUUUUAAUUAAAAAAAAAAUUAUGUUUUCAAAUAGAUUGCAUACUUUUUCAAUUUGUACAACUGUUUCUAAAUGUGUUUGAGGACCAAAUAAACUGAGAUUUAUAUGUAUUGGUCUACGAAAACAAAGUAGUGAUUAUAUAUAUAUAAAGACUAUAUUGUUUUUCCAAUU